GGCUGGAACACUCACUUCCUGUCCUGAAGAAAAUGGCGACGCAAGACUUGUAAACAGAGAGUUGUUCAGCUUUUGAAAUGUCGUUUUCUGAUAGUUUUGGGCUUCUUUAAUGUGUUAGGGUACGCCCAUUCCUCGCCCAAAUUCGCUGAACUCAGUUGCUGAGUUCACUUUCAACAAUGACGCAAUUUUUGCCUCAAAAUUUGUUGGCUUUGUUUGCUCCGCGUGACCCUGUACCGUUCCUACCGCCGCCGGACAAACUUCCUCAUGAGAAGAAGAAUCGUGGAUACCAGGGUGUCGGUGGAUUCUUACAAAACUUCGAGGAUCCUGCUGACACACCACCCCCUACUCGGGUGGAGACAAGGGAUGAGCGCCUUGAGAGGAGGAGAAGGGAAAGAGCAGAACAAGUUGCCUACAAACUUGAGCAAGAGAUAGCAGUUUGGGAUCCUCACAAUUUCACCAAUGCUACAACUGACCCCUUCAGGACUCUUUUUGUUGCCCGUAUUAACUAUGAUACUUCAGAAUCUAAACUUCGGAGAGAGUUUGAAGUUUAUGGAGCAAUUAAAAAGAUUGUCUUAUGUCACAAUACCCAAAACGGCAAACCCAGGGGAUAUGCCUUCAUCGAAUAUGAACAUGAAAGGGACAUGCAUUCUGCGUACAAACAUGCGGAUGGCAAAAAAAUCGAUGGUCGACGUGUUCUGGUAGAUGUGGAACGAGCCCGAACUGUCAAGGGAUGGCUUCCCAGACGGCUUGGUGGCGGCCUUGGUGGUACUAGACGUGGAGGACCAGAUGUGAACCUGAAGCACUCUGGGCGUGAAGACAAUGAAAGGGAACGAGAACGCUACCGCUUGGAGAGAGAGCGGGAGAUGGCUGGAGGUCGUGACAGGGAUCGCGGUGUUGGAGGUGGAGACAGAGACAGAGACCGAGAGCGGGAAAGAGAUCGUGACCGUGAUCGUGAUAGGGAUGUGGAGAGGGAGAGGCCUCGAGGGAGGAGAUCAAGAAGUAGGGAACGGGAAAAGAGACGACGCUCACGCAGUCGGUCCAGAGAUCGCAAAAGAAGGAGGAGCAGGGACCGCCCUCGUGAUCCAGAUAUUGAAGAAAUUGAGGACAGGCCUCCUCGCGAUAGGGAACGAGAACGCGACCGCGACCGGGACCGUGAGAGGAAGAGGAAACGGAGCAAGUCCAGAGACAAGGACAAGGAUAAAGAAAAGGACAAGGACAAAGACAAGGAGCGAGACAGAGAACGAAGACGAGAGAAGCGAGAGCGUGAGCGUGACAGGGACAAGGAACGACGUGGCAGGGGUGACUUUGAAGAGUCAGAUGUCAGAAUCAAAGAAGAACCUGCUGAUGACUACCCAGAUUACACUGAUGGUUAUAACUAUGAUGGCAUGCCUAUCAAGGAAGAAGACGAAGAGAAGUACAGACCUGAGAAAGAUGGCACUAAUGGCUCUUAUGAAGGAAGCUACUCUGAAAACUACUGACUGUAGCCAUUCAAAUUUUUUUAAUUGUAUGUGGAUGUAUCACUUUUUUGUUUGAAAACCAGGUCAACAAUCGGGACUAUUUUCUGAAAAGUGAUUUUUUUAUGUGAUGAAUUGAACAUUUUAUACCCAACAAUUGUGUCCUUUAUUUUUCAAUGCUUAGAAAUCCAGUCAUGUUUAUUAAUCUAAUUUUCUGUUUCCUUUUUCAAAUGUCCAUGAACCUGCACCAUCAUAGUCAAGAGACAUGAACAUGGAACUUUGGUUCUUUCAAUGCUAAAAAUCAUAUGAAGAUUGUUUUUAUAAAACUGAUGGCAGGUGUAUUUUUCUUGUUCAUUUUGUUGGAGUUGGAUACAGAAUGCCCAUCUUAUCUUUUCAAUUAACUUCCAAAUUUGUGACUGACAGGAUUGCUUGUACCUUGUUAAAGAAUGUUAGAUUAUUGCUGUGAAUAAUAAAGAAAGUAGGUAUGUA